CUCUCUUGACUACGCGCACGCCGUGUGAGAAUGUGUCUAGUCUCGGCGGCGGAGGAGUCACGUGACGGUGUCUGCUGGCUUUGUGAAGCACGUUAGCAGAUUUUCCAUUUUGUACAUACAUUGUUUUGUAUAUACUGUAUAUGAUGACUUCAUUGGGCAGUGAGCGGGCCCGGGGCACUCGGGAUAAGGUACAGACUCCAGCCACACAGACACAACCACAGAAACAAGUACAGGCCACAGCUGAACAGAUUCGCCUUGCUCAGAUGAUCUAUGACAAGAACGAUGCAGACUUCGAAGACAAAGUCAAACAGCUGAUGGAGGUUACUGGAAAGAACCAGGAUGAGUGUAUAGUCGCACUACAUGACUGCAAUGAAGACGUGACCAGAGCAAUCAACAUCCUCCUGGAAGGAAACUCUGACACGACUUCGUGGGAGACGGUGGGGAAAAAGAAGAGCCUGGGUAAAGAUGGAUCAGAAAACAAAGAGAACAGAGAGAAGAGAGGAGAGCGGGAGAUGAGCCGGGGGCGAGGAGGGGCCAGUAGGAGGGGGAGAGGGGCCAGCCGUGGCAGAGAGCUCAGAACAGAAGAGAACGGAGUGGAUCUGGGUCCUGGAGACAGGGUAUCGGACAGGGGCCGCAGAGGACGUGGCAGGGGGUUUGGUGGCAGAGGCAGGGGAAGAGCUGCUGGAGGAAGCAGGUUUUCAGCACAAGGAAUGGGAGUGUUCUCUCCCUCUUUCUGCAGAACCUUUAACCCAGCAGACUACACAGACUCCUCAGCGUCUGGGGGAGGUGGGUCGAAGACAGAGGCCUGGGAGUCUGGUAACGAUGGAGACGAUGGAACAGGGGCCUGGAGGAGCACCAUGGAUGAUUGGGCAGCUGAGGACUGGAAUGAAGAUCUUUCUGAAACAAAAGUAUUCACUGCAUCUUCUGCUUCUCCCAAUGAAAACCACAUCACCCCUGGACAAAGCAUUGAUCUGGUAGCGUUGCUUCAGAAGCCAGCUGCGGGGGGUGGAGUGGGGGAGCUGAACUCGUAUGACCCCUCCCAGCAGCAUCAGCAGCAGAGCCUGGGCAAUUCACUUGUGUUCACCAACUCCCAGAUACCCUCGGGAACCAGCAACGCCACUGCUGUCAACCCCUACUCUCACCACAUGCUGUCCUCUGUCCUGAGCUCUGGGUUUGGAGAGCUGGGGAGCUCCAAGCUGCCUUCCUCUGCGGGCGCUCAGACCCUGGAGCAGCUGAAAUCCCCUGGCAUGGGGCCACUGUCCUCCCAGCAGAUAGGGGUCAGUGCUGUGGGGGGGAGCAGCAGUGUCAGCACCUCCUCUUGGGACAUCAAACCCCUUGGCUCUCAGACCACCGUCCUCUCGCAAUUCAUAGGCUUUAAGACGCAGCCUGAGCCGUCCCCUGUGUUGAGCCAGCUGACCCAGCGGCAGCAGCAGCAGCAACCGUCACUGUCCCUCUCCUCCCAAAGCAGCUUGUCCAUGCUGCCCCCGCCCCCUGGUCUGGACACCUACCCCCCUCAGACAAAGCUGCGGGACCCCACGCCGCCAGACUCUGCUGCCACUGCUGCUAUCGUCACCGCUGCUAAACUGCUGCACAUGCCUCCAGGAGCAAUAGACACACAGGCAGGCAGCACUCAGCAGAAACAGCUGAAGCUGCAGAAACGCAGAAUACCUCCCACUUCUAAGAUUCCAUCUUCAGCAGUAGAAAUGCCUGCAUCUGCUGACGUAACAGGGUUGACUUUCCAGUUUGGAGCCUUGGAGUUUGGAUCAGAACCUUCUCUACAGGAAUUUGGUUCAGCGGAGAGCAACAGCGACACACCGUCACAAACACAGAACAGUCUCUACUCAAAACCUGUGAGCGAUUCCUUGAGCAGCUCCUUGUCGAUGCCCAUCUCUGCUCCAGACUCCAGCUACUCUCCCCCUGUGGUCACGUCCUCCAGCCUCCCCGCCUUACCCCAGAGCUCGGCCCCUCCGGUGACGUCGCCUGGUCCCUCCUUGGAGCAGAACGCGGUGCACAGCAGGAUAGCCUUCCAGAGUAGCCUGGCACCAUCUCCCCAGGAAGAGCCCCCUGCCCCGACCACAGUGUCUAAUGGCUUCAAUGGAGUAAGAACACCAACAGGUCUAGACACUACAUCGACUGCCUCCACACCGAAGCCCGAGUCUCCAUCACUUCCGUCGAGCUUAGGACCCCUGUCCAGCAGCGCCCCCGCAGCCUCAGCCCUCCUGCCCACCUCAGUACCCCAGCACUCAACAGCACUGACCAGCAUGGGCCAGAACAGCGAGCUGUCCACAGCACCACUGCCGCAGCUCAGCAACUCGCUGUCUAACCACCAGAACAGCCACUCUCCUGCCUCUGUGCUGUCUUCAAGCUCAUCACACACGUACACCAGUGUAGACAGUGUAAGCUCCCUACAGCCUUCCAGCAACUUCUCUGCAGCGUCCACGUGUUCCUCCAGCAACGCCUCCGCCAUGGUCAACGUAGCCAACACCCUCCACAUGACCAGCAGCCUGGGGCUGAGCAGCAACAGCGUCUCCAUUCCCUCCGCCACACGCUCCGCGCACCUGCUCUCCUCCACCGCAGGAAAAGCCCCACCAAACCUGCCACAGGGGGUUCCCCCGUUACUGCACAACCAGUACAUAGUGGGGCCAGGAGGACUGCUGCCAGCCUACCCGCAGAUCUAUGGCUAUGAAGACCUACAGAUGCUACAAUCCAGGUUACCCAUGGAUUACUAUGGAAUCCCAUUCCCAGGCCCUACAGCAACACUACCAGGCAGAGAUGGAAGCCUUGCCAACAACCCAUACUCAGGUGAAGUGACAAAGUUUGGCCGAGGAGACUCUGCCUCCCCUGCUCCGACCACAAGCCUGGCCCAGCCCCUUCAGCAGCAGAGCCAGACUCAGCAGACCCACCACACCACACAGCAGGCCUUCCUGAACCCAGCCCUGCCUCCGGGGUACAGCUACACAGGGCUGCCCUAUUACCCCGGGAUGCCAGGGGUCCCCAGCGCCUUCCAGUAUGGGCCCACCAUGUUCGUACCCCCAGCCUCUGCCAAGCAGCACGGAGUCGGACUCAACAACCCCUCCACCCCCUUCCAGCAGGCCAGUGGCUACGGACAGCACGGCUACGGCUCAGGUUAUGAUGAUUUAACCCAGGGGACAGGAGGUGGAGAAUACAGCAAAGGAGGCUACAGUGGCUCAUCUCAAGCACAAGCCAAAUCUGCUGGCUCUGGUCCUGGCAAAGGUGUUUCAGUGACAUCCAGUAACACAGGAGUACCUGACAUCAGUGGAUCUGUCUACAAUAAGACACAGUCUUUUGACAAGCAGGGGUUCCACGCUGGCACCCCUCCUCCGUUCAGCCUGCCUUCAGCACUGGGAGGGACCGGGCCCCUGAACCCGGGAGCAGCUCAAGGCUACGCGCCGGCCCCCUUCCUGCACAUCUUGCCUGCACACCAGCAGCCACACUCCCAGAUGCUCCACCACCAUCUGCAGCAAGACGGGCAGGGCGGUUCUGGCCAGCGCAGCCAGCCCAACAGCAUGCAGCAGAAGUCACAGGCUAACAAGUCCACCUACGGCAGCUCUCCGUACUGGGGAAACUGAGUCAGGAGACCACCAGGCCCUUUUAAUGGAACCUCUAGCAGCAGCAACUGGAGGAAUUAAAUGUCAACAAUAAUAACUGGUCAGCAAAGAGUUUUAACACACGUGGGGGAGAAAAAGACAGUGUUUAAUGUGAUCUAUUGCCCAGCUUUCAUUUAAUUUGUUGCUGUUGUAUGUAAAAUAUUUAUGUAUGUAUUUAUAUAUGUAAUAGUAGAGCCUAAAUGUGGUUUCUGCAUUUUGAAGGAUUUCUUUUCCAUUGUAGGGGUAUAAAAAAGAAGAAAAAAACACUGCAUAUUGAGAGUAUUUUUUUUAUCUUAAAAUCCUUGAACUGAGGAAUUUUAUUAUUAUUAGUAUUAUUAUUAUUAUUAUUAUUAUUAGUAUUAUUAUUAUUACUACUACUACUAUUAAAGAAGCAAACCAUUUGAAAGCGUUUUGUAGCUUGGAUCUCCUCGUCCAUGGUUUCAGCAUGUGAAGAUCCCUUGUGUUUAAACUGGAGUCUUGUCCUGUUCUUGAACAGUUUCAGGUGUGUCCCGACCUCUGUUUUGUCACUGCUUGUGAGCAGUGUGUUUCCACAGGUAUGUAGGUACUGUAUGGAGUCACAGAAUUACAGCUCUAAAUAUCUGUUAUUUUUUUAUACUUGUUAUAGCUGUUGGUUUUGAAUCAAAAUUGACUCUGUGUAAGGAUUUGUAGUGUGUGUGUCUGUGUCUGUCUCUGUGUGUGUGCGCGUGCGUGUGUGUGUGCGCGUGCGCGUGCGUGUGUGUGUGUUUGUUUUUGUUUUUUUCUCGCUCAUGUCACCUGAAAUCUAGAACCAGUUUGAUCCCAGGAUGUCAUCUCCACUCCUCCCCUCCCUUGUUAAUGUUCCUCAAUUCAGAUUUAAUUUCCCCCCUGCAAUUGUAUUUUUGAAGUUUUCAUUUUUUUUAUUUUAAACCUGUCACCCACAAAAUAAAGUUCUGAGCAGUUCAGUA